GUUCCAGAGGCGCUCGCUUUCCUUUUCCAGUAAUCGCCGUCCUCCUAAAAGCUGCUCCGUUACAUCGUCGUGGUUGUGGAAGCACGCAGGGAGAUGAGGGGAACGGGCAUGGAUCACGCGGAGGCGACGCUACCCUCCCCCUCCCCUCCCUCCUCCUCCUCCUUCGCCUCUCACUUCAGCCCUGGGCAUCAUUUCUACGUCGCGGUCGAUCGGCUUCAGUUCAAGAUGGAGACGCUGCUGGAUCUUUUAGGGGUCGCAGGGCGCCGCCAGUCGCUUCCCAUCGUGAUCUGCUGCAGUUCACGCGACGAGCUGGAUGCAGUCUGCGCUUCCGUAUCCAAUCUCUCCUUCAUCUCCCUUACCCCGUUGUACAGUGAUUUGGCUGAUAAUGAUCGUGCAUUGAUACUGGAAAAGUUCCGCCACUCCAGUGCUGGAUGGAAUCAAAACAGUAGCCUUUUUCCAGGGGAUGGUCUGGAAUCUAGUAGUGAAACCAAAAAGUCAUGUAUGAUAGUUGUCACAGAUGCAUGUCUGCCUCUAGUUGGCAUGGGAGAGGCCCCUCUUUCUGCUCGUGUUGUAAUUAAUUAUGAGCUGCCAACAAAGAAGGAAGUGUACUUGAGGCGUAUGUCAACCUGUUUAGCUGCAGACGGUAUUGUCAUCAACAUGGUCGUUGGAGGUGAGGUGGUGACACUUAGAGGACUUGAAGAAAGCAGUGGCCUCAUUGUUGCAGAGAUGCCCAUAAAUAUAUCUGAGAUUAUAUGAUUUUAUUCCUCGCUCUACCUUUUGGAAGCCAUUCAGUUUCAGUAUACAUCAAAAUUUUACCUGUUUGUGGUCGUCGCCAAAGAUUCAACAGAGAUGAUUUCAACUGACAUGGUUAGCUAAUUAAUCUUUGACUUUGAGAAGAAAAAUUGCUUUUGAUAUCACCCAUGUUCUUGGCUGCUAUUCUAGAAAAUAUCACCCAUGUUCUUGGAAGCCAUUCAGGUUCAGUAUAUUUAUUGAUUUGUUUUCUCA